UUAGUGCUUCCACACAAUGAUGCGUUAUUCUUAUUUACGGGAUGAGAAUUUAACCUUGCCGACUUGUUACGACAUCUUAUAGGAAUUGAAAUAUCAAAAAUCAAAUUGUUGCAAUAAACGAUAAUUUCCAAAUUAUGUAUCAACAAACAAGCUUGUUUACUUUCAUAUUAACCUCCAUAUUGUUUUUUUUUAUAAAUUUAUUGUUUGUGCUUACGUUGAUUUUGCUGCUUUUGGUUCCAAAACCAUACAUUUCCCUGUAAAAGCGCGGCUGCCUGUUGUGUUGACCACCUGAGAGUUUUCAACUCGAAAACGAAAAUGACGGCCCGUUGUGGCGCAUAUUACGCUUCAUUGUGCAUAAUCUUUUUGUGGAUUCGACUGUUUUGCGUUCUAAUAACAAAUCGCAUUUAAAUAUACGAUACACAAAUACAACUGUGACAACUCUAUUUUUUUAAACCGAUCAGCUGUUCUUGUGCUUUUUUCAUGUUUUUCUCCAUAAUCUUAAAAAUUCGUUUAAUGAGGUUUUCCGGUGAAUAAAGUAAAAAAAUUUUAUUGUGUAGUUUUUAUAUAUGUCCUUUGAUACUAGGAAGGAUCCUUGUAAAAAGAACGCGUGUCGAAUACAAGCUUGUCUAAAAGAAAAUAAUUACCAGGAAAGUAAAUGCUUAGACGUAUUAGAACAAAUGCGUUUAUGUUGUGUGAAGUGGCAUAGAGAGUCAUUGUGUUGUUCUGGUAUUGAUCUGCAGCGUAGUUAUUUGAAUGAACGAGAAGAUCGGCCUAAAAUAAAAGAAAUAACAGAAAUUUAAGAAG